AUGGCCACGAGCUCCGUCGAUUCUAAGACACUUGUGCUGUCAAUGAAGCAACUGUCAUCGUCUUCGGAGCCAUGGGAGGCCGAGUUGCGGCAUUAUAUGCGCUCCAUCUGCUCGUCGCCAUGCGCAGUGACGAUGGAGGCUGCAGUCUGUUUCCAAGUGGAGAAGCACAAAGUUGCCAUGAUCGGACGAGCGCUCAAAGUCAUCAACCAACCCAUCUCUUCUUCUUCUGCCCUCUCCUCCUCCAGCUCCUCUGCUUCAUCGUACCUCGCGGAAUCCUCCUUCGACACUCCCCUCCUCUGCGCCUCUGAGGAGGGAGUGAUGAACCUCUCACGAAACCAGAGGCGAUACCUCCUCCGUAGUGCCGAGCAGUCUAUGCGUAAAGCAGAGUCAGCGCUUGCGUAUGUUCGCAAGGCGUCCAAGGAGCAAGUAACUCCUGCUGGUCCCUCGCGCGUCGAUACUUCAAAACGCGCAAGAGGGGGAGUGAGACACGAUCCACACUUCUACGGGUUACUUGAGCGGUGGUAUCUCCAGACAGCUGAGGCGGGUGCAGACUUCGCCAUUGCAAAGUGGACCGACCCAGUCGUGCACGCGCUGCUCGAGCCGUCUGAAACUGAGUCUCUUCAAUCUCCAAUCACACCAACAACAAUCACCGCAACCACACCCAUCGUAUUCCAUCGAAAAGAACCUGACCCACAAACGAUUCACGAAUAUGAGCUCGCUCGUUCGACCAUGCGCUCGCCUCCCAUCUUCAGCGACGAGGAGAGUGGGUCUGACAAGGCCGCAAGUGGCGACGAGUUCGCCACCGAUGACGAGCAUGACAUCUCGUUCUAA